CUGAAUCUUAUACAUUAUGAGGAUGCAGCUUCCCUUUCGGUUACAAUCUUGAAGAAGAAAUGUCGCAGAAGGAUUUUCUUGGGUUGUGAUAACCACCCUUUAUCCAGGCAGGAAGUGAUGGAUCUAGUCAACCAAAGUGGGAAAUUUAGUAAAAGAUUUGAGAAAUUCACAGGAACCGAUGAUCCUCUAGGUAAGAGAUUAAACAACUCGAGAACGCGCGCCGAGCUAGGGUGGGAGCCCAAGUACACUAGCUUUGCGCAUUUUCUUGAGACCCUCUGAAUGAUUAUAACUGCUGAGUAUCUUAAUUUGUGUUGAAACCAACUUGUUCUAUUGUGGCUAAAGUGCUGAGGUUUAUAGUAUUUUUUUUUUAUCCCACAUUCUUGUACAGAAAGGAUCAUCAUCAUUCACCAGUUGUUAAAUGGCCUCAAUUUCAUUGUGGGCAAUAAUAUAUUUAUACAUUCAUACCCAUAAUAUACCGUUUUAAAAUACAA